GCAGAAAAAAGACGAACGCGCAGAGAAAUAGAGGUUGUGCGUAGAGAAGAUGAGAAUACAUGCAUAGAGAAAUUGUCCGCAUAAGAACAGAAGAGAAGAAGACCAAGCGAGCUCUCUUUAAUUCUGACAUCCUUCGGUCGAUUUUACCCUCAAAUCUCCCCGUUCGGAAGAGAGGCAGAGGGACAGGGAGCUUCGAAUCAAAGUACGAAGGCGAGUUGCAGAGAAAUCAGGGAUGAGGGGGUUGGGAAGGUUGAUUGGCCGAGCUCUUACCCGUAGAGCUAUGGAACCUUUUAACGAUAACAAACACGCCAUUUUAAGGGUUUCUCGCCGCUUCAUAUUUCAUUCUUCAGCACCGUUUCCGCUGUCACGAAGCCAAAAUACGUUCUCUGCUUUCAACGCAUUGAAAUCUUCGCCCGUUACCUCAGCAGAUUCCGUAAUAUGGGCCUAUUUCAGAGGGCAGAGGAGGACCAUGUUCAUCCAGACUCAAUCCACGCCUAAUCCUUCAUCUCUCAUGUUCUAUCCUGGGAAGCCAGUUAUGGAAGUUGGGAGUGCAGACUUUCCAAAUGCUCGUUCAGCAAUGAAUUCUCCUCUAGCAAAAGCUCUUUACGGAAUUGAUGGAAUUAGCCGUGUUUUCUUUGGGUCAGAUUUUAUAACUAUAACAAAGUCAGAAGAUGCUUCUUGGGAUUUGCUAAAGCCUGAAGUUUUUGCGGCAAUCAUGGACUUCUAUUCUUCAGGGAAGCCACUGUUUCUAGAUUCAAAUGCUGCAGCUUCCAUGGACACAGCUAUUCAUGAGGAUGAUUCAGAAACUGUUGCUAUGAUAAAAGAACUGUUGGAAACUCGUAUCCGACCAGCAGUGCAAGAUGAUGGUGGGGACAUUGAGUACCGGGGAUUUGAUCCGGAUAGUGGAAUAGUCAAACUAAGAAUGCAAGGGGCCUGUAGUGGCUGCCCUAGUUCAUCUGUCACUUUGAAGUCUGGCAUUGAGAAUAUGUUGAUGCAUUAUGUACCUGAGGUAACAGCAAUUUAUCUGGAUUUAUUAGAGCUUAUUUAUCAUUGCUGUCUGGGACCUGGUACAUUGAAGAGAAAAAUUGAGGCCUGAAAAAACUCAUGUAUAUUGGUCAUGUGAGCAUGGUUUAUUGGUACAUCUCCUAAAUAUGGGCUUUGUUCAUUGUUUUAUUUUUUUAUGACACCCCUCUUAUCAAGCACAUGGUGAUAUUGGUCAUGUGAGCAUGGUUUAUUGGUAUAUCUCCCAGAAAUGGGGUUUAUUCAUUGUUUUACUUUAUUUAUUUAUGCAUUUAUUUUUUGACACUUCUCUCGUCAAGUACAUGCUGAUAGGGAACUGUGAAUGCAUUGGCUACUCCCAAAGCCCAUAAGCAAGCAAAAACCAACUCAACAUUUGGAAUAUAUUACCUGAAAAAUUGCUGCAGUGUGGGCAGGAGUCAUUUUGUUAGCCUUCAUUAGAGGAUCUACUUAGUAUUGGCUAGGUUUAGGGUUCUAGUUUUUUGAUCCAUUGUCAUCUAUUCGUGGAUCAAUAAAGAAGCUAUUGGAUAGAACUUGAGCAAAACUAUUAUUGAGUUAAUAUUUGGUUAGCUCAACUUUUGUCAGAAUGUACCUCCUAUACAACAAUAUGGUCAAUUUUGACUCCUGUUGUAACUGUUGGGCUGCAUAUGCCCAAGAUUUUGUUAGUGGCAUUUGUUUAAGUUACUUCUGUUUUCAGCUCCCUUUCUUAUGCUUUUAUGUUUUUAUGGGAAUUCAGCUGUAUUGAUGAUCAUACUACAGGAAGAUGCAUCAUUCUUGAUUCACUAGUGUUGGAACUUGGAAUGCUUGGGCAUCUCGUCAUUGUUUCCUCCAUUUUGCAUCUUUGUUACUACGUUGCAUCCUUGUUGAUCAUGUAAUCUGUCAAAUAGAUGUUAAGCCAUUUGUUGGUUGGCAUUUUGUUAAUAAAGGCUCAAAUUUGUCCUUUCCCUGUCCCAUUAAUCUUUUAUCUGCAUCAUAUGUUUCUUUUGGGCCACAAACAGGUGGAGAAACUCUAAACUUUGGUUAUCCACCUAAAAUAGCCCCAAAUGUUAGUUUCCCAUCAAAUUUUGGAUUCUCAUGCUUAAUACCAGACAGGUUUGGGUCCUGUUGGGACACCAAGCGGCCUUUAUGUUUAGAGUCCGAAACUUGCCUCCUUAACUUUUCCAAUCUGUUAUGCUUCUUUGUGCCAAGUUGCCAAGAUGGCAAAUAUCCAAGCCUGUGUUCCACUUCCUAGCGUAAAGACUAUGCAUUAGAUCAAUUAUCAACAGUCGCCAUCUAUGAUGUGACAACUCAUGUUCCUGUAUUUUUUCACUAUUUGCUUUGGUUACAUUUGCAGGUCAAAGGUGUAGAGCAAGAACUAGAUGCUGAAGAUGAAGAGGCUGCUUUAACUGGGCAGAUGAUUGAUUAGUUUUGUUCGUUUUUCUUGCAAGGCAUAAUGAUAAAAAUAAAAGGAUCCACCAGGCCUUUGGUGCGUCUUGUACAGAAGCAAAUAGAAUUGUAUAAAUUUUGUAUUUGUAAAGUUUUAUGAUUAAUCAUCUUUGUAAGCUAAUUGCAAUUUUACAUGCAAGAGGAAGAAUUCAUCGGUAUAGAUAGUUUUACUCACUA